GGUGGCAGUGACGUCACGUGAUGCCGGAAGUUUGACCUUCGGCGCGUUGGGUCCGUUCAAACUCUCCGGUGUUUAGGGAGAACUUCAAAAUGGAAGGUGACACCGCCGUCCGGAGGCUAAAAUCCUCACUAAAUAACGUGUCUUUUGAAAACAGUGGCACUCUGAAGCGCCGUGAAGGCAGCAGCUGUGAGGACAGGAAGAAAAAACACCAAGGCUCGUUCGUGCUAAGCGAAGGAGUCGCGUGCGCGCUCGUGCUGCUGUUCAUAUGCGCGCUCUGGGGUUCUGUGCACUGGUCUCUAAAGCAGCUCGUUAUAGGAAAACCCACCGGCGAGUUCAACGCCAGCAGGGCAAGGAAGUACCUGGAGCACAUCACCAGUGUGGGGCCUCGACCCGCAGGCAGUGCUGAGAAUGAAAUCAUGACAGUAAACUUCCUGUUGGAGCAGGUGGAGCGGGUGCGAAGCGAGAGCGCCGAUGGGCCUAACACCAUCACAGUGGAGACGCACAAACACAGCGGCUCGUUUAGCAUUGACUUCCUGGGCGGAUUCACAAGCUGCUACGAUCAAAUCACUAACAUUGUAGUACGGCUCGAACCCAGAGGUGGAGCUCAGCACUUUGUACUGGCUAACUGCCAUUUCGACAGUGUGCCCAGCAGUCCAGGAGCAAGUGAUGAUGCUGUAAGCUGUGCUGUGAUGUUGGAGGUGUUGCACUCAAUAUCCAAUCUUUCUAUUCCUCUAAAUCACGGAGUCAUCUUUCUGUUUAAUGGAGCUGAGGAGAACAUCCUUCAGGCGAGUCAUGGCUUUAUCACUCAGCACGAGUGGGUGAAGCAGAUCAGAGCAUUUGUGAAUCUGGAGGCUGCUGGAGUCGGGGGAAAGGAGCUGGUGUUCCAGACAGGUCCAGAGAACCCGUGGCUUGUUCAAGCAUAUGUUCGUGCUGUUAAACACCCUUUUGCCUCUGUUGUGGGGCAGGAAGUUUUCCAGAGCGGCAUUAUUCCCUCAGACACUGACUUCCGCAUCUUCAGAGACUUCGGCAACAUUCCUGGUAUUGAUCUGGCCUUUAUUGAGAAUGGUUAUAUCUACCACACGAAGUACGACACUGCAGAUCGCAUCCUUACAGACUCCAUUCAGAGAGCAGGUGACAACAUCCUGGCCCUGCUGAAGCAUCUGGUCACCACGGAAACGCUGGGUGACCCAUCAGAAUAUCGCCAUGGCAGCAUGGUGUUUUUCGAUGUCUUGGGUGUUGUGAUGGUGGCGUAUCCAGCGCGAGUUGGUUCCAUCAUCAACUACAUGGUCACCAUAGCAACCCUUAUCUACCUUGCCAAGAAAUGUCUGCGGCCUAGCAAUGUGGGUGGCCGGUACGUGUUGGAACUGGUGUAUGGCUCGUGUGUGUUCGUGCUCAGCUGGUUCGUGGUACUGCUCACGGUUCUGAUUGUGGCGCUGAUGGUCACACUGCUGGGUCGCUCCAUGUUCUGGUUCACUCACUUUCACACCUCCAUCUUCCUGUACGGAUCUGUUGCAGCUGGAAAGAUAAUCCUGAUCCACACACUCGCUAAAAAUCUCUACUACACAAAUAUGCGGAGGUUGGAUUUGGGCGACUUGUUCUUCGACGUCAGUCUGCUAUUGUGGUGCUGUGCCCUUGUUUUUCUCACUCAGCGUGGUCUGUGCUCGGCGUAUGUUCCCAUGCUCAUGGUGUUUUUCCCUCUCGCCACCAAGCUGCUGCUCUCCAGACACUUUGUACAGAAAGGCGUAUCAAAGUCCUAUGUCCUCUUCUACCUGCUGGGUUUGUCUUUCCCCUACGUUCACCUUCUGUUCCUCAUCUGGAUCGUGUUUGAGAUUUUCACACCCAUUAUGGGACGCAGCGGCACUGAAAUCCCCCCUGACGUGGUGCUUGCAUCACUGAUUGCUGUGGCAACCGCCUUACUCUCCUCUUUUUUGAUUCACUUCCUGUACCUGGCACACAGCACUAAGCGUGUAUUAGCUGCUUUAUGGACGAUUUUUGCUGUGAUGUUUGUCCUGGUUUCCUGCGGACUUUUCUUUCCGUAUUCAGGUGAUCCAGCCAGUCCACGACCCAAACGAGUCAUUGUACAGCACAUCACACGCACUUUUCAUGCUUUGGAUGGCUCUUUGGAGAAAACAGAUUCUGGGUUUUGGAUCAACAGCUUUGAUUACACGGGAAUGAGUCACAUCACCCCUCAUGUUCCUGAGAUUAACGACACCAUCCGCAUGCGCUGCAGCGAAGAGUUACCCUUCUGCGGUUUCCCCUGGUUCCUUCCCGUCAAAUUCCUCAUCAAGAAGAACUGGUAUCUCCCUGCUCCUGCUGUGUCUCCUAAAUCUCCACUGGAGUUUAAACUGGUGUCCAAACACGAGUCAGAAUGGGGGACAGUAAAGUUGAGCUUUGAAGCUAAAGGUCCGAGCCACAUGUCCCUGUACGUCCUGCCCCGCACGGGAUCUUCACUCACAGGCUGGUCGUUUGCAGACGGGACGCCGCAGUAUGAUCUGAACCGAGAAUAUUUUAUAUUUUACUCUCACGGUGUGGAUGCAGGACCGUGGACCUUCUGGAUUGAGGUUCAGCCAUCUUCCGAGCGUUUGGAUGAAGACAGCAUGGUCUCCAUCGCCAUUUCAGCUCACUACGUAUUCGGAGACGAUCAGCGCACUCCUGAACUCCGUUCAUUUUUGCGGAAAUUUCCGGACUGGGCUUUUGCGACUUCGUGGGUCAGCACUUAUCACAUGUACCUGUACUGAGAGCUGAGAGCUGAGCAUCACACUCCAACAUGGCGGCAGUGAAAGUCUCUGUGAAUCAGAUCCAUACACGUUAUUUGUUUAAGACUACACCACUGUCAGGGUUGUGUGUUAGCAGUCAGUCUGCAUUUCUUCUCAUCCACUCCUCUUCUCUUCUUGCCCCUGUGUGGGUGUUUCCUCCCUUUCUUCUCACUCUCUGUGCAGUGGUUUUAAAAACACAAAGUAAUUAUAACUCUAAGCAAAAAGUCCAUGCUGUAUUGAAAUACACUGCCAGUAUUCCAUCCAUUUUAACACCACAAACUAAAAGAACAUGAAAGACACCGUGACUAAAGGAAAUAUGAGCAGUUUGUUAAACCACUGUGAAUGACUGGAAUGAAAUAUUUCACUAGACAGCAUUGUUCACUAAACUGUUUUGGGGUAAUCUGGUGACCGCAGUGAGCUUUACACUGAGUCGCAGCUCAUAUUCUUCAGUAUGAUGCUCGUUUAUUAGAACAGGCACAGCAUUGAAGACGCUUUGUAUUAUAGUCUAAACCAAAUUUUAUUAAUUAUGAAUAACAGUUCUUUCAUUGUAUGGGGGCAUGAAAGGGUGAGUUUUCUUAUUUCAAAUAGGUCUCAUUUUAGUAUUUAUUUACUACAAAGAAGACUCACUUUAACUCACUGACAAGCCAGCAAUCCAGCAAUAAAGUCUGUGAAAA